UUGCUCGAUAGUCGUGGAAUUGCGCGUUCUCGUGCUACACGUAGAUUCGUGGCUUCGUCGUCCGCGUCAAAUUGCGCUUUUAAACUGCUAAAAUUUACCAAAUAUCGCAAUCAAUUUACGAUCGUUAAGCUCUCGUUGACGCCUUUUACGACCGACAGAUAAACCGACGAUAAACCACGGACAAUAGCGUUUAGAGAGCAAUACUCGUGACAGAAACGAUAUUUCGUCACAUGCAAGAGUGGCCAACUGGUACAACAAUAGCGACAACUAUCUUUUAACAAACACAUAAUGUCGUACAAUCUGACGAUCGGUCCAACCUGCCCGGUGCCCUAUCUCGGGCCGAGCCUUGCCCAGGCCUGUCCAGGAUCGCAGUACUUGACCUUUAUGACGCUCUUGGACGUACUUGUACGGUCUCAAGAAAGUAUAUCUCAAUCAUGCGAGCGUAUAAAGCCAACGGAUCCGCCUGAAUACUAUUACGACUUCGUCAUUGUGGGCGGAGGAUCAGCCGGUGCCGUGGUGGCGUCUAGACUGAGCGACAUACCCGAAUGGAAAGUUUUGUUGCUAGAAGCCGGCCCGGACGAGCCACCGGGUGCCGAUGUUCCCAGUAUGGUGGCAAUGUUUCUGGGAAGUGACAUUGACUGGCAGUAUCAAACCACGAACGAGAUGAACGCUUGUCUGUCAACUGGCGGAUCCUGCAGUUGGCCGCGCGGUAAAAAUCUAGGCGGAACAUCCGUCCACAACGGUAUGAUGUAUAGCCGGGGUCACGCGAAAGAUUUUGACAAUUGGGCGGCCAUGGGAAAUCAAGAAUGGGAUUGGAGCGACGUGCUGCCGUAUUUCAUGUGCUCCGAGAACAACACGGAGAUCAAUCGGGUGGGUCGCAAGUAUCACUCGACUGGCGGUUUGUUAACUGUCGAACGGUUUUCGUGGAAGCCUGCAAUCGCCGACGAUAUCCUCGCGGCGGCGGUCGAGAGAGGGUAUCCGAUUAGCGAGGAUCUGAACGGCGACCAAAUUACAGGAUUCUCUGUGGCACAAACCAACAGCAAAAAUGGCGUUCGAGUGAGUAGCAGCAUGGCGUUUCUGCAACCGGUCCGACACCGACCUAAUUUACACAUCGCUCUAAACGCCACCGCCACAAGGAUCAUCAUCGAGAAUCAGAAGGCUGUUGGAGUCCAAUUUUAUCAAGGUGGUGAACUUCGAGUUGCCCGCACCACAAAGGAGGUAAUCGUCUCCGGUGGUGCCGUAAAUUCGCCUCAACUGUUGCUGCUCUCCGGAAUCGGGCCGAAGGAACAUCUGCAGGCGAUGAACAUCACGGUCGUCAAGGAUCUUCCAGGUGUCGGGGAGAAUCUGCAUAAUCACGUGUCGUACACUUUAUCAUGGACUAUCAAUCAGCCGAAUCUGUACGACCUGAAUUGGGCGGCUGCCGCAGAAUAUGUCGCCUUUCAGAAAGGACCGAUGGCGUCGACGGGUUUGUCACAAUUGACCGCGAUGCUGCCGUCCACUUACACGACUCCGGAUCAUCCCGACAUCCAGAUGUUCUUUGGCGGUUAUCAGGCGGCCUGCGCGACCACCGGCGAGGUUGGCACCGUCAUGAACGACAACGGUCGCAGGAUCAGCAUAUCGCCGACGAUGACGCAACCGCGUAGCAGGGGAAAUAUUCGUCUCGCGAGUAACGAUCCCUUCGCGAAGCCGAUCAUCUGGGGGAAUUAUCUGAACGAUUCGAUGGACGUGGCGAUCCUCAUCGAGGGUAUCCAAAUCGCGUUGUCUCUCGCCAAUACCAGUGCCAUGGCCAAGUACAACAUGACGUUAAACAACAGCCAGUUACCCGCAUGUUCCGCAUAUCCGUUCUUGAGCAAGGAAUACUGGGCCUGCGCCGUGCGUCAGGACACCGGUCCGGAGAAUCAUCAGGCAGGUUCCUGCAAGAUGGGACCCUUGGCGAGCGAUCCCAUGGCCGUGGUCAAUUAUCGAUUGAUGGUUAAAGGCGUCGAAAAUCUCCGCGUGGCCGAUGCGUCCAUUAUGCCGCAGGUAACGUCCAGCAACACAGCAGCACCGUCCAUGAUGAUCGGCGAAAAGGCGGCCGCGUACAUCAAGUCCGACUGGGGCGUUGCCGGUACACAAUGGUACGGGAAAGCACCUCCUAGCCCGUUAUGGAAACUCAGCCAUUACAGCCAUUGGAAGACUCAUUAUACAUCGACUGGGAUCAGGCUAUAUGGUAACCGGGCGUCCACGAUCUAUCUAGUCUCUUAUGACCAAUUUUCCGCAGCGCCUAAGAAGGUCGGCAAUAUAUCAUCAAGUCCUACGAACAUUCGGUAUGAGAUACCUGGUUAUCCGACACCGCAAGCACCAUGUUCGUCACCCUUCGUAAGUGGACUCACAAUGAUGGAUGUCUGCUACGACGGUAGCACCAAUUUAUUUCUGAAUAUGUUGAGCAUGUUAACUACUUAUAGCACAAUAAUUAAUGGUGUGUGCGACCGUAUCACGCCUAUUACGAGAGUGCAGGACACUUACGAUUUUAUUGUCGUUGGAGGUGGCGCAGCUGGAUCGGUCGUAGCUUCUAGAUUGAGCGAGAUUACGGACUGGUCUGUACUCCUCGUGGAAGCCGGACCGGAUGAACCAGCUGGCACACAAAUACCAAGCAACCUUCUAAUCUUUCUCGGUACGAGCUUGGAUUGGAAUUAUACAACCAGUAACGAAUCGCAUUCAUGCUUGAGUACCAACGGCAGGUGCAAGUGGCCGAGGGGCAAGAAUCUCGGCGGAUGCACUUCCCAUCACGGUAUGGCGUACCAUCGUGGCCACCAGAAGGAUUACGAGAAAUGGGUCCAGAUGGGAAAUAUAGGCUGGUCAUGGCAAGACGUGUUACCGUUUUUCAAAAUGUCGGAAGACAAUAAGGACGUUGGAAGGAUCCCGGGUAUCCUUCCAGAGUAUCACGGCACUAAUGGUCCGAUGACGGUUGAAAGAUUCCCCUGGCAGCCGAAAUUCGCUCGGGACGUACUGCGUGCGGCGGAAGAAGUAGGUUUUGGUACCACCGAAGACUUGGUGGGCCCGAAUAUCACGGGAUUCGCCAUCGCACAGACGAUAAGCAAUAACGGCGUCAGAUUAAGCACUCCCAGAGCUUAUUUGUGGCCGCACAAGAAUCGGCAAAAUCUGCACAUAGCAUUGAACGCGACUGCGCUAAAAGUCAAUACAGCACGUAAAGGGUCGAAAGUGAUAGCUACGGGAAUCACUUUCCGUAUGAAUGGCCGCGAUCACAAAGUACGUGCGAGAAAGGAAGUAAUCCUUUCAGCCGGCACAAUAAACUCGCCUCAGCUUCUGCUUCUGUCGGGCAUCGGGCCAAAGAAUCACUUGGAUUCUCUAAGGAUUCGAACGGUUGUCGAUCUGCCGGGCGUCGGCGAGAAUCUCCAUAAUCACCAGUCGUACGGCAUAGAUUUCAAUAUCGACCAUAAGAUAAUAGACGAGCUAGAUACCGAUAAUGCCAAUCAAUAUCUGUACAAUCAAACCGGCCCGAUGUCGUCAACGGGUUUGGCUCAACUCACUGCAAUCCUGACGUCUACAUUCACCACCGCGGACGAUCCGGACAUUCAGAUCUUUUUCUCUGGCUAUCAAGCUACCUGUAACACGGACGACAGGAUUCCGGACUUGACAACAUACAACAAUAAAGAAACCGUUAGAUUUACCUCCGUGAAUUUACAGCCACGCAGUAGAGGCCGAAUCACACUUGCAUCGAACAACCCUUUCGACGCUCCGAUUAUCUGGGGUAACGAUUUUGCGGAGCAGAUCGACAGAAGGAUUGUUUGCCAGGGUAUUCAAAAGAUCUUAAAAUUGUCAAGGGCGCAAGCAUUGGAGACGUACGGUUUGAAGAGGGUAGAUGAAACGGCUCUGACGUGCAGCCAGUACAAAAAGAAUAGUCGUGCAUAUUGGGAUUGUCAAAUCCAAUAUAACAGCCGACCUGAAAAUCACCAGGCCGGCACUUGCAAAAUGGGACCCUCCUCGGAUCCCAUGGCUGUUGUUAGUCCAGAUCUCAAAGUUCAUGGCGUGGACAGAUUGAGAGUAGCCGACAUGUCCAUUAUGCCGCAGGUGAUCACCGGUAAUCCCGUUGCUGCGGUCAAUAUGAUCGGCGAAAGAGUUGCUAAUUUUAUCAAGAAUGAUUACAAUGUGAUUAACAAUCGCGUGGCGAACGAAAAUGAUUAGACAAUGUCCAAAUUUCUUUUGUCUGCCAAAGAAUUAUGAAUACAAUGGAUUUCUUCCCAUCGGUAUCCGAAUUAAUAGAUUUAAUAUAUAUUACGCAGAUAAUAUAUAUUAUAAGAUAAUAUGUAUAAGAUAUAAAUAAUAAAAAUAAUAUAUAUUG